GGUUCUGAUGGAAGCAACAGAAAAGGCUAGGGCACAUGAUGAACCAGAUUAACCCGGGAGAGCUCGUGAACCGAUAUAAGUAAAGCCAAUAGAACCUGUCUCGUCUGGAAAGAAAACAGGGAAAGGUAAGAGGUACAACACUAUCACAGUGCCAAUGGCCAAGCCUCGUAAGACGAAAUCCGAUGACCCUAAACCGGCCAAUUCCGGCGCCGUCGUUCGCCACCAGAAGCUCUGCCUCUCCAUCGACAUGGACUUGCGCCGUAUCUACGGUUACACGGAGCUGGAAAUCGUGGUUCCUGAUAUCGGAAUUGUUGGAUUACACGCGGAGAAUUUGGGGAUCGAGAGCGUGCUGGUGGAUGGAGAGCCUACGGAGUUCGAGUAUUAUCCGCAGAAUCAAAAUGUGGAAACUGAAAAGCAGUGGAACGAGGUUUCAUCGCCGAGUUCAGCAGCUGAUGCGGUUGGUGCUGCUUAUGUGGCUGCCCUCGAGAGGGAGCUGGUGCCGAAUCUGCUUGUCAAUUGUUGCAACAAGAUGCAAAUAGAGACAAUAAAUGUAGAGAACGAAGUUCAACCUUCUAGUGAAGUGAAGCAGAAUGUGAAAUUGGUUCGAGUUAACUUUUGGGUAGAGAAAGCGGAGACAGGGAUUCAUUUUGAGAAUAACGUGGUGCAUACUGAUAACCAGAUAAGACGUGCUCGAUGUUGGUUCCCUUGUAUUAAUGAUGAUAAUCAGUGUUGCUGUUAUGAUCUGGAGUUCACAGUUGCCCACAAUCUUGUGGCCGUCAGCAAUGGAAACUUACUGUACCAGGUUCUCAGCAAGGAUGAUCCUCCACGUAAAACAUAUGUCUACAGAUUAGAUGUUCCUGUUACUGCUCAAUGGAUAUCUUUGGUAGUUGGGCCAUUUGAAAUUCUUCCUGAUCAGCAUAAUGGUCUAAUAUCACACAUGUGUUUACCACCUAAUUUGUUAGAACUACGUAACACUGUGGAGUUUUUCCAUAGUGCUUUCAGGGAGUACGAGCAGUAUCUUGACGCAAAGUUUCCAUUUGGAUCAUACAAGCAAGUUUUUUUGGCUCCUGAGAUGGCAAUAUCCUCAUCAACUUUGGGAGCCUCCAUGAGCAUCUUCAGUUCUCAAGUUUUGUUUGAUGAGAAGGUUAUUGAUCAGACAAUAGAUACGACCAUCAAACUAGCUUUUGCACUUGCUAGACAGUGGUUUGGAGUAUAUAUUACUCCUGAGACACCAAAUGAUGAGUGGCUGCUGGAUGGUCUUGCUGGCUUUUUGACAGAUUGGUUUAUCAAGAAAUUUUUGGGAAACAAUGAGGCACGAUACAGAAGAUAUAAGGCAAACUCUGCUGUUUGCAAAGCAGACGAUAGUGGGGCAACAGCUUUGAGCUUCUCUGCCUCUUGCAAGGAUUUAUAUGGCACCCAUUCAAUUGGGAUAUUUGGAAAAAUACGAUCAUGGAAAUCUGUGGCAAUCCUCCAGAUGUUGGAAAAGCAAAUGGGACCUGACUUCUUUAAGAAGAUUUUGCAGGCUAUUAUUUCUCGGGCUCAAAGUAGUUCUAUAAGGUCUAUCAGUACAAAGGAGUUCCGGCAUUUUGCUAACAAAAUUGGAAACCUGGAGCGUCCCUUUCUCAAAGAAUUUUUUCCUCGGUGGGUUGGAUCUCAUGGGUGUCCAGUACUGAGGAUGGGGUUUUCCUAUAACAAGAGGAAAAAUAUUGUGGAGUUGGCAGUGUUACGAGAAUGCACAGCUAAACUUGAUUCAAACACAUCACUUCUGAAUGCUAACCCUGAUUCUGAAAACCGAGAUGGUGAUAUUGGGUGGCCUGGGGUUAUGACUAUAAGGGUUUAUGAACUUGAUGGUAUGUCAGACCAUCCUGAUCUUCCACUUGCUGGAGAAAGGUGGCAGCUUCUUGAAAUACCAUGCCAUUCAAAGCUUGCUGCUAGACGCUAUCAGAAGCCUAAAAAGGGUUCAAGACCUGAUGGCUCAGAUGAUAAUGGUGAUAUGCCUACUCUAGAUGUGCGCUCUAGUAUGGAGUCUCCAUUGUCAUGGAUUAGGGCAGACCCUGAAAUGGAAUAUCUUGCUGAAAUUCAUUUCAAUCAACCUGUACAGAUGUGGAUUAAUCAACUAGAGAAGGAUGAAGAUGUUGUCGCUCAGUCACAAGCUAUUGCUGCUUUGGAGUCUUUACCACCCCAGCCACCCCAGCUUUCACCCUCUAUUGUUAAUGCUCUGAAUAAUUUCCUCUCUGACUCCAAGGCUUAUUGGAGAGUUCGAAUUGAAGCAGCAUUUGCAUUGGCUAAUAUGGCAUCUGAGGAGUCUGAUUUGCCUGGUUUACAACCUUUGGUAAAAUUCUAUAAAAGUCGAAGGUUUGAUGAAAACAUAGGACUUCCCAAGCCAAAUGACUUCCAUGAUUUUCCUGAUUACUUUGUUCUUGAGGCCAUUCCACGUGCCAUAGCCAUGGUCAGAGCAGCAGACAAAACAAGCCCAAGAGAAGCUGUUGAGUUUCUUCUACAACUUUUGAAGUAUAACGAUAACAGCGGGAAUCUUUACUCUGAUGUUUUCUGGUUGGCUGCAUUAGUGCAGUCUGUUGGUGAACUUGAAUUUGGGCAACAGAGUGUUAUCCUUUUAUCUUCGCUUCUCAAACGUAUUGAUCGGCUUUUGCAAUUCGACAGGUUGAUGCCUAGUUAUAAUGGGAUCUUAACAAUCAGCUGCAUCCGAACCUUGACACAAAUUGCGCUCAAACUUUCUGCAUUUAUCCAUCUGGAUAAUGUCUUCCAGCUAAUUGUCCCUUUUCGGGAUUUCAAGACAAUUUGGCAAGUUCGAAUAGAAGCAAGCAGGGCACUCCUUGAUCUUGAGUUCCACUUGAGAGGCAUUGAUGCUACAUUGUUGUUGUUUAUCAAAUAUAUAGAGGAAGAACUGUCUUUAAGAGGGCAGGUAAAAUUGGGUGUGCAUGCUAUGCGAUUAUGUCAGAUAAGCUGUGGAUCCGAUAUUAAUAAUGAUAUUAAGACUGAAACUCUCAUAGCUUUGCUCCAACUUUUUGAAAGUCGGAUCGCAUACAAUAAUGUAUUUCUCCGGCAUUACCUGUUCUGCAUUUUACAAGUUCUUGCAGGAAGAACUCCAACGCUUUAUGGAGUGCCCAGAGAUAAGUUACGGCAUGUGGGCAAUAUGGAAACUUGCAUUGAGCAGAAGAACAUUUUUGCACCUUUUGUUGCAGAAAUAAAGCCUCCAGAAAAUUCUGUGGAAGCCCCAAACCUUUCAAAGCCUCCAGAAAAUCCUGUGGAAACCCCAAACCUUUCACACGAUAACGUAGCUGUUCCAGAAGCUUUCAAGGAAGUGGAGACUGUGUCUAACAGUCACGAAAGGAAGACAUCAGUUGUUAAGAUUAGGGUCAGACAGUCUGCUGCUACUAGUAAAGCAGAGGAUGCUGAUAACAGAACUGUCGAAAGAUCUCAUGGACAUCAUGAUGAUCAUGGUGCUGGCAGUUCGGUUUCUGUAGAUGCACCCCAAAGAAAUUCAGGUGAGGCUGUGAGCAUCAGCAAUCAAAAUCUUGAGGAAGUCAAUUCAUUUCAUGAUCAUGGUUCCCGUGUUACUGCUAGUAUUGGGAGUGCAAAAAUUGCAAGCGAAGGCGACAACUUUGGGAGGGAACUUCAGUGCACUGCUGACUCAGGCAUAGUUUCUGUGCACCCUCAGCCUGAUGAUCCAUCAUCACCUAGUAUAAUGCAAGAGAACAAUGUAGAUGCUGAGGCCCAGAAGUUUGCAAGUCUUCAGAAUCUGUCCAAUGCUCGACAUGAUGGUGGUUCAUUAGGUGUCGUUGAUUCUCCAUUCAGUGGAAAAGAUGAGAAGAAAAAGAAGAAAAAAGAUAAGGAGAAGAAACGGAAGCGGGAAGACCAUAGAAGUCAUCGGGAUGAUCCCGAGUAUAUAGAGAAGAAGCGACUGAAGGCAGAGAAGAAAAAACAGAAGGAAAAGGAGAUAGCAAAGCUACUAAGUGAAGAAGCAAAGCCCUCUUCAGUAGCGUUACCAGGUAAGAAAGAGGAACCAGAGAUCAGAACAGCAAUGGUGCAGGUGAAACCGAGCGAAUCUGGUGGAUCCAAAGUUAUAAUCACCAAAGUGGAAACGAGACCCGAUCCAUCGGAAGGUAAUUCUGCACCACCUAAAUUGCGGAUUAAGAUAAAAAACAGGACGCUAAAUAAUUCGUAGUACAUUAAAAUUGGUCUUUCAUUGUAGUUAUAAACAUUGCUGGAACUUGUGGUUCCAUCAAAAUUUUGAAUAUUUAUCUCCAGCAAUGUGUAUUAGUUGGGUAUAUAGGCAAACAAGCCCCCUUUAUGAUUCAAUAAAUCUGUUUCUCUCAU